AUGAAAGAGCUGCUCUCUUGGAUAUUUGGGACUUCUUCGACGAAUAUGAUGGGAUUCAUCCACAGCGAAGCGGCGGCGAUUGUUGUGAUUGGGAAGGAGUCACUUGCAGUAACACAACAGCAGGAGGAAACGUGA